AGAGCAAGUGAAUGUAAUCACAGCUGUAUACUGUCGAUGAACGUCUGAGUCAGUCGGUUCUGUUUAGGCCCGAUGGCCACUGCGCGUUACUAUUCAACAACAACAUCAAAAAACCAGCUGUUCAUUGAGACUGUAUUUACGCACGGAUGUAACGCGUCAGUUUUGUGGGAAUCAAGUCUUGAACCCACUGGAUAAACCGACAAUUGAGUUGGAGGUUUUAAGUUCUGGAGCAGUUGAACCAGCGGCGAUAACAUCAAGAAAAAUGGCUGAGAGCAAAGUCAUCAAGAACGAGAGUGUUAUUUUGGAGGAUCCCGCACGUGGUAGCAAUUCACUGAGAACUCAACUCUGGGCCAGGACAUCCGAGAGCGGCGACGAGGAUUGUCCCCUCAGCAAUGACAGCACCAGCAGGAGUAACCCGAGUAAUCAACCGCGAUACGACGCUAUAGCUUACGCAGAAGAUAAAAUGCGUAGAAAAUUGAGAUUUUUUUUCAUGAAUCCUAUUGAAAAAUGGCAGGCUCGUAGAAGAUUCCCAUAUAAAUUUAUCGUACAAGUGAUUAAAAUAAUUCUAGUCACUAUACAGCUGUGUUUGUUUGCUCACAAUAAUUACAAUCACGUAAAUUAUGCGUGGGAUAAUAGAAUAACAUUUUCGCAUCUGUUUCUACGUGGAUGGGAUGCCACGCAAGAGGUACCGGAGUACCCACCGGCAACAGGUCCUCUGGCUCUGUACAAGCAAGACGAAUUUUACGAGACAAUAGAUUACGCUUUGAACGGCUAUUACAAUUUGAGUAACGCGAUUGGCUCAUACUCGUACACAGCCGAAGAUAACUCACUGGGACCGGUAAUGCUGUGUCUGUACCAGUACAAAGAAGGCAUUAUAUUCGGCUUCAACGAGAGCUACAUCUUCAACAACGAGAUAGACCGGACGUGUAUAAACGUCAAUCACACAUUCUCGGACAGCAGCAACCCGACAAUAAACUCGAAAAAGUUACUGACGGACAGAGAUAUAAAAAUAAAUUUUUCGGCGUUGGUUAAAGCUCACCUGAAGUUUGCCGUAAAAACGGUUAACUUGAAAGCCGCGGGUCCGAUAACGCCACCGGACUGCUAUCAGUUUGACAUAAAAAUAAUACUGGACAACAGUGACUUUGAUGGUCAAAUGUUACUGUCACUGGACGUCGAGCCCAAAAGAUUGCUUUGCAAAGGUGACACCCAGUACAUUACUGAUAAUCAGUUAGACUCAGCACUGAGAACUAUUCUUAAUCUCUUUGUGAUUCUUAUCUGCGGAAUCUCCCUAAUUUUAUGCUCGCGUGCUAUCUAUCGCGCUCAGUUACUUAAAUUUGAAACGAUAAGAUUCUUCAAGAAAACCUACGGCACUAACUUGAGUCUCGAAGGUCGUCUAGAGUUUUUAAACAUGUGGUACAUCAUGAUUAUAAUAAACGACCUACUGAUAAUAAUGGGCUCGGCUAUCAAGGAGCAGAUUGAGCGCAAGUAUUACGGAAGUGAUCACUGGAACAUAUGCAGCAUUUUUCUGGGCACUGGAAAUUUACUCGUCUGGUUCGGAGUUCUGCGAUACCUCGGAUUCUUCAAGACAUACAAUGUCGUGAUACUGACACUGAAGAAAGCCGCGCCAAAGGUCGUCAGAUUUUCAAUCUGCGCGAUACUAAUUUACGCGGGAUUCACGUUCUGCGGAUGGCUUAUACUCGGGCCUUAUCACAUUAAAUUCCGUUCACUUGCCACAACCUCAGAGUGUCUGUUUGCGCUCAUCAAUGGAGACGACAUGUUUGCAACCUUCUCAAUAGCCUCAUUCAAGUCCCCAAUCCUCUGGUGGUACUCGCGCAUGUAUUUGUACACAUUUAUAUCUCUGUAUAUUUACGUUGUUCUGAGUCUUUUUAUUUCAAUAAUUAUGGACGCCUAUGACACGAUAAAACUUUACUAUCGGGAUGGGUUUCCUAAGAAUGAUCUCCAGGCAUUUGUGUCGGUUUGCACCGACGAGGCGUCGAGUGGUGUUUUUAGACAGGAGUCAGAAGAACCCACUUGGAAAGAGUUGGUCGAGAGAAUGUGCUGUUGUCGGAAAAGACCCUACGGGUCUAUUCAAGAGGGAUCUAGUGAAUCAUCGACAUCCAAGUGCGAUGAGAUUUGUGGGAAUUUUGUCUGUAUAUAAUAGAUUAAUUUCAAAUCGUAAUAAUAAUAAUAAUAAUAAUAAUAAUAAUUAUGGGUCUAUUGUUUUAAUUAAUCGAGUGUGAUUAAUAAUUAAUCAUUAAUUAGCAAAAAAUGAAUUAUUCAAAUGGUAACGCCAUACAGUUUAACUGCCAGUUAAAAUUUGAAUUUAACGCACAAUUUAUUUUACAAAUAAAAAAAAAUGAUGACAAUAAUUGAUGAACUAUUUAGAUGACGAUACAAAUUUUUUAUUGUUAUUUUUAAAAUUUUGUAAUAAAAAAAAAAAAAAGUAUGUAAUGUAAUGAAUGUAGGUAGUAGAUUUAUAAUUACCGGUAAAAAAAUAUAUAAAAUGUAUUGAUUGUAUGUCAUUAGCUUAGAGGUGCUGCGGAGUCUGUGAUAACUGAACCGUGUACAACAAAAGUUACACAAUUACCAUUUUACGUAAUUACUGAUAUGUCUUCUGAUAAACGGCGAACAAUGAUUGUAAUUAUUUAAGACUAUGACAUAUGAUAUAUGAGAUUACUAACGAUAAAUCUUUGUUACCUUAAACAUAAAACAUAUCAAGAAGACUUGUGCAUUUAAUGACAUACAGCGAGGCAGUCUAAUUGUUUUACUAUUUAAUUGUUUCAUAAUCGUGUAAUAUAUAUAUGCAUAUACAUAUAUAAACGUAAAUAAUAAAUAUUAUGUACAAGUA